AGCUACAUGUGUACUAAUCUCCCAUAGAGCUGCACUUUGCUGGACCCCAAGAAGAGUGGCUGCUGAACUAAUGGGGAUCCAUAAUAAAUGCACAUACUGCAACACACUGCAAAACAAAAACGGCCUGAAAGCCUUUUCAAUUCUUAUCAACAGAUCACAGGAUGCCACUAACCUUCUCACAGAGGAUCUGGUUAUGGUGGAGCAGCGGGUGGAGCCAGCCAAGAAGGCAGCGCAGGUUAUUCACAAGAAGCUGCUUUGCUGUCUGCAGAGUCAACUCGGGCUGGACACAGAGAGACGAAUGAAAAAACUCCCUCUCAUGCUGCUCUCUGUUAGCAUGGCUGAGAGCUUUAAAGACUUUGAUGCAGACUCUUCUAUCAGGAAAGUGUUGGAGAUGUGUUGCUUCAUGGAGAACCAUCUGGCCAAAACGCUGGCUGAAUUUGAGCUGAAGCUGGAGAAGGAAGUUUUGGAGCCUCUCAAUAAGCUCAGUGAGGUAAGGGCUGCAGGAGCAAGAGGCUUUCAGACUCUUUGGACGAAAAUGAAAGUUUGUGAUUAUGUAGUAUCACAUCAAAUCAAAUCAAAUGUUAUUUGUCACAUGCGCCGAAUACAAGAAGACCUUCCAGAGAUUCUCAAAAACAAGAAGCAGUUUGCAAAACUCACAAUGGACUGGCACAAUGCACUCAACAAGUCCCAGGCCAGUACGGGCCCUCAGGCAAAGCAGGACGGGCUGAAAGAAGAGGUGGAGGAGGCCUGGAGGAAACUGGAGAGCAUCAAGGACCAAUACUCUGCAGAUCUCUAUCACUUUGCCACUAAAGAACAGGCCUAUGCCAACUACUUCAUUCGUCUGCUGGAACUACAAGCAGAACAUCAUAAGAAUUCCCAUGACUUCCUGGAACGAUACAUCACUGAGCUAAAAGAAAGCCACAAUCAAACAGACUCCCAGAAGAACAACUCUAGGGGGAAGGUAUACGGGGAGCCCCUGCUGACUCACCUGUAUGACAGCGGCAGGGAGAUCGCUGUUCCCAUCCAGGAGUGUGUUCACAUGCUGCUGCACACCGGCAUGAGGGAGGAGGGUCUGUUUCGUCUGGCGGCAGCAGCCUCGGUAGUGAAGAGGCUGAAGAGCAGUCUGGAUGGAGGAGUCAUGAACCACAGCGAGUUCACUGACCCUCAUGCAGUCGCAGGGGCUUUGAAAAGCUACCUGAGAGAGCUGCCUGAACCCCUCAUGACCUUUGAACUCUACAAUGAUUGGUUUCAAGCAGCAGGGGAGAAAGAAUUGACAGACAAACUUGAGCAGUUUAAAAUUGUGCUGAAGAAGUUACCAUCAGAAAACUACAACAACCUCCGGUAUCUGGUACAGUUCCUGUCAUGUCUGUCAGAGCAGCAGGCGGUUAACAGGAUGAGUCCCAGUAACAUUGCCAUAGUACUGGGUCCCAAUCUGUUGUGGCCUCACAUGGAGGGGGAGGCAGCGUUGUUGGACAUGGCGUCUGCCUCCUCUGUCCAGGUCGUGGCGGUGGUUGAGCCUCUCAUAAAAUACUCCAGCAGCCUGUUUCCAGAAGAGGUGGACUUUGAGAUUCCUGAACUUCCUGGGGUCUCAGAUUUGACCUUGUUAGAACCUGAACCCUCAGAGUCUGGGAAAGAGAACCUUGCCAGAACUACCUCCUCCCCUUCCUUAUGCUCUUCCUCUACCCCUGCUCAUCCUUCUCUCUGUAAAACAAUCAGCUCAGCGUCACAGAACAGUGGAGGUCUAUUCAUCUUCAAGUCAGGCUCCAUUGUUCAGAGAACCAGCACCUGGGGGAACUCUGCCUCAGACCCACCUAGCUCAACCCCACUUACCCGUACCUCAGUCCAGACACAGAGCACGUUCCCCAUCUCAAGCCCAACACUGGUUCACAACACAUCCCCACUACCCAGCCCCAAACUGGCUCCUGGCCCAACCCUGGUUCCUUCCCCACUACCGGUGUCUGUAUGUAGUCCGACCCAGAAGCAGAGACCUGAAUCAGGAUCACUAGAACCCAUCUUAGAGGCCCCACCGGACUCCCCCAAAGCUAUACUGAAGAUCACCUCACCAUACAAACCGAGGAGUUCCUUCUUUCAACACAAGCGGUCCAUCCCGGGUAAAGAGCAGGUGGUCGCUACAUACUCCAGACCCAGGACCCCAGCACCUCCAGCCCCAGCAGAGGCAUCCAAAACCCAGCCACACCCUGCACCCAAGCCCCUAGCUCCGGUCCUGAAGAAGGCCCCAAACAAAAAGGGUGCAAUUAGACCCCCUCAAAUCCCACCACCCAAGCCCCCAGUACUGGUGAGCAAACAGGUGACCUCUAUAGCGCAGUGAUGAGGUAGAGAUAUAGAGUAUCAUCUAAGCCUGUGUAAAGAAGUUUUCUUAUGCUUUAGGUACAAAUGUAGACUGUAACCUGACAUUUGGUGUAACCUUGUUUGGGUUGCGUAUCAAGGCCAGAGAUGUAUUGGGCUUCUGCAGCCAGUUCCAAGUGCUUUGUAGCUUGAGCGCUACCAUACAGUUUCUUCCGAAAUUAUUCACACCCCUUGACUUUUUUCAUGUUGUUGAGUUACAGCUUGAAUUUAAAAUAGAUUCCAUUUAGAUUUUUGUGUCACUGGCCUACACACAAUACCCCAUAAUGUCAAAGUGAAAUUAUGUUAUUCAAAAUUUGUACAAAUGAAUUACAAAUGAAAAGCUGAAAUGUCUCGAGUCAAUAAGUAUUCAACCCCUUUGUUAUGGCAAGCCUGCAUAAGUUCAGGAGUAAAAAUGUGCUUAACAAGUCACAUAAUAAGUUGCGUGGACUGACUAUGUGUGCAAUAAUAGUGUUUAACAUGAUUUUUGAAUGACUACCUCAUCUGUAAGGUGCCUCAGUCGAGCUGUGCAUUUCAAACACAGAUUCAACCACAAAGACCAGGGAGGUUUUCCUUUGCCUCACAAAGAAGGACACCUAUUG